ACGCGUUUAGCUUGGUUAGUGCGGUACCUUUGACUCCUAUUUGUUUUAUUUUUUUUAAGUAUUUUUGUUGUUUGUGUGAUUUCAAACUGCAUUUCAUUUCGCCUGUGGUUGUGAGUGCCUGACAGUUUUUAUGGCCAACUAAUAAUCUUAUCGCAAGCAUGAGUCGAAGCACAAGUUAUUACUAAGUGUCAUCGCCGCGUUACAAUUGGCCUUAACAUUGAAAUAGCACCAUAAGCACAAGAGAGUAACAACAAACCGAGCCACAAGCAAAAUAAAACAAACGAAUUUUCCCCCCCGUCCCACUGUUCCGCGAAGUGACAGAGAGAAUGCCUGUAAAAUCGGUAUCGCGCCAGCAGAGCCAAACGCCCGCCCAGCAGCUGCAGCAGCAACACCAACGGGAUGUUGAAAAUGGGAUUUAUCCAAAUAUACCGCCCGAGCGACGAUCGCCAUCACGUCCAGUGCGGCCGCCAACGCUGCGUCAGGACACCAUUGAUAUGGAGGAGAUACCACUUAAUCACUCCAAUUCAGUGCAGGAGCCAGAGGAUCGUCGAAAAAUGCGCGAAAUAUUCGACAAGCACGACUCGGACAGGGAUGGGCUUAUCAACACACACGAGCUGAAAGGUCUCAUAUCGGAUGGCUACUGCCGGGACAUACCGGCGUACAUUGCCGAGCAAAUACUGCACAGGAGCGACGUGGACAACAAUGGGCACCUGGACUUUGACGAGUUCUAUACCAUGUCGCUGCACCACAAAUGGAUGAUACGCAAUAUGCUGACCAGAUAUUGCCGGUAUGUGGUGCCACCGCCAAAGCCAUUGGAGGGCGAUGAGCCGGACGGUGCGUACGAAAAACAAAUGUCCAUCUGCCCGCCGCCGCUGACCAUGGUCAUCUUCUCGAUCAUCGAGAUCAUUAUGUUUCUGGUGGACGUCAUCUACUUUCAGGACGAUCCGAACCACAACCAGCGCCUGGGCGAGAGCACUAACGGACCAGCGGCGACGCUCUUCAUUUACAAUCCGUACAAGCGCUACGAGUCGUGGCGCUUUCUCAGCUAUAUGUUUGUGCACGUGGGCAUUAUGCACCUCAUGAUGAAUCUGAUCAUACAGAUUUUCCUUGGCAUUGCCCUGGAGCUGGUGCAUCACUGGUGGCGUGUGGCGCUCGUCUACUUGGCCGGCGUACUGGCCGGAUCAAUGGGCACCUCGCUGACCAGUCCACGAAUUUUUUUGGCAGGCGCCUCCGGCGGUGUAUAUGCCCUUAUCACUGCGCACAUUGCGACGAUCAUCAUGAACUACUCGGAAAUGGAGUACGCGAUUGUGCAGCUGCUUGCCUUCCUUGUGUUCUGCUUCACCGAUCUGGGCACGUCCGUGUACCGCCAUCUGACUGAUCAACAUGACCAAAUUGGAUACGUAGCCCAUUUGUCUGGGGCCGUUGCUGGCCUACUUGUUGGAAUUGGGGUGCUGCGCAAUCUGGAAGUGCGUCGCUGGGAGCGCAUACUCUGGUGGGUGGCUGUGCUCUUCUACUUUGCGCUCAUGACCACCGGCAUCAUUGUGCACAUCUUUGUGCCCGACUAUUUUCCCAAGCCCGAAUACAACUGAUCGCCAUUGCGAUCCGGACCAAUGACAAAUUAGCUUUAAGUCGCGCAUAGCCUUAGCCUCAGGUUGUCCAUGUACAUGUCCAAAGUGCACUUGAUGUAGGCCAUCUAUUGGCUUGAGCACGUGUAAUUUUUAGGCUUUAUUCUAUGCUAUUUUUCUACCAUCUUUGGGUUGUGGCAUAUAUUGAACAUCCUCAAGUAUCAUUUGCUGUGCAUCUUAGCCCCUCCUUACUCUCCCUAAUUUAUGCUUUAUAUACCGCAACAUAUGACCUUUAAUAACACUGCGCUACAAGAAAGGGCUUACUCUCGGAUCAGAACUAAUUCAGCCCAUUUCCCUCACGCAUCCUCUGGGCAGCUUUACUCGCAUCACCACGGAUUCGGCUUGUCAUGCUGAUCAGAAUGGCCCCGUUGGCUUACCACUUAGCAAUAUACAUUUUAUUUGGUUUGUCGGAAGGGGCGGCCGAUAAGUUUAUUCAUUUCCUAUUACUCAUUACCCAAACUAAUUCAAUCAUAUUAUCCUUGCAUUUGCUCUCGACUUGUUCAGCCAAAACAUAAUUACCCUGCAUUUAUGCGACUAAGUAAACUUAAAUAUACUAGAUUUUUAAGGUUCUUUAUAUAUAUAUAUAUAAACAAUGGAUCAUUUAUUGUUCUAUACAAAUAUUGCUAUAUAUAUGGCACACUCUGUGCCUAAGGGCUUAAAAGGGCAUGGCUCUCUUGCUUCCGAGAAAGUUAACAUACAUUAAUCACAAUUUGGAUUUUUCUCACACCGUUCAAUCAAUUAAUACUUGUGAGUCCCAAAAAGUCGAACGGUUCAGAAAUAAUGCCUGUCCAUUCCCAAUUGCCAGGAUAAACGUGUUCAUGCUGUCACUCAUUUGACACGAUGACUAGUUACUUAAAAACAUAAAUGUAUAUAUAUUUUAUAUUUAUAACACAUUUGUAUUACUCUAUACACAUAUUUAUUUUUGUAACAUUUAUAUUGCACAUAUAUGUGUACUGCACACUGUGAAAGCCCACUUUGCCAGGACCUCUCCAUGUACACAACUAAUAUACUUACGCACAAAAUACAAAAUACCCACACGCCCGAUUAAACAAUCUAAAAAGAUCAUGAUUGUCAAGUAUUUUAAAAUAGUUGUGCAUUUCACAAAACUUAUACAAUGCGUAAUCUUAAUUCUUCAUUUGUACAAAAACAAAAUAUGUACACAUAAAUUACGCAAAUUCAGUAAUAAAAAUA